AUGGUGGCGAUAACAGUGCCGGAGACCCUUGCUGACUACAAUCUCAGCACUUUUGAGGCCGAGACGGAGGUUGGGCCGACUAUCUAUGGCGUUUACAGAGGGAUUUUCAAGGAAGAAUGGGAUGAUACAGAGUAUAAAAGCGACGGGCCGAUAUUGGUGAUCAAGCUUCUCCCCAAGACUACUCGACUGUUUGUCCCGGACAUUCCUGGCUACGGGCACAGCUCACCCUGCCAAUCCGACCACAGCAAAUCCACGGUCGGAAGGGCGAUCUUGGACGGGCUUUCCCGGUUGAUCAACGAGGCCAAGGCCGCGCAGCCACAGCGCGUCAUCCUCAUCGGACAUGAUCGCGGCGCACGGAUCUGCCAUCGCCUCACGGUGGAUGCCGCAGAGUAUGCGUCGUCAUUGAGCAUCCUGGGCACCGUGCUGAUGGACAUCGUUCCCACGACGGUGCAAUGGCAGGGCAUGGCCAACCCCGCCGAGGCCCGGGGCACGUUCCAUUGGGCGUUUUUGGCAAACGCGGAGCUGGCCACGCAGAUGAUUCUGCAGGUGGGAGGGGACGUUUUCAUCCGACAGCUGAUGGAGCGCUGGAUGGGGAGUAACGAGGAGGGCCGGAGGAGGUUGGAGGCGGACGAUGCGAUGGAGAUGUACCAGCGGCCGUUCCGGUGGGAGAGCGUGGUGCGUUCGUCAUGCCUGGAUUACGAGGCCGGGGCGACGGUGGACGUGCAGAUGCAGAAGGCGGAUCAGGAGCAGGGACGGAAGAUCGAGGUGCCUGUGCUCGUGCUGCAUUGCGCUGGGAUCGGGAGGCGGUUUGACAUGAAUGUGUGGGCGGAGUGGGUAGCUGACGGCAAGGCGGCCGAGCUGCUGACGGUGGUUGAGCUGGGAAACGGCGUCGGACACUUUGUCGCCGAGGAAGACCCAGAGGGAACGGUUGGUGCAGUUGUCGACUGGAUGCAACGGCUGGGGGUGCAGGUCGCAUAG